ACCGAACUGUCAAACUCUGUCAAGCUACCAUUUUCAUUCCAAUAUUUUCGGCGUUUCGAUCAUAUCCAUUGCUUCCACAAGGAGAUAUGUGGUCGGACACACUCCUAAUCGUUUUUAUUUCCGUUUGUACGGCAUUUCUCGGUGAAGGUUUAACCUGGUUAAUGGUAUAUCGCACAGAAAAAUAUCAGAAACUCAAAACUGAAGUUGAGAAGCAAAGCAAAAAACUUGAAAAGCGAAAAGAAACUCAUGGUGAUUCGCUGGAUAAAUCUCAUAAAAAGAAAAUCGAACGAGAUGAGGAAAAAUUGAAGAAUAAUAAUCGCGACUUGUCUCUAGUAAAAAUGAAAUCAAUGUUUGCUACUGGUUUUGCUUUCACGGCACUACUGAGCAUGUUCAACAGCAUUUUCGAUGGUCGUAUUGUAGCUAGAUUACCUUUUACACCCUUAUCAUGGAUUCAAGGAUUAAGUCAUCGUAAUCUACCAGGAGAUGACUACACCGAGUGUUCAUUUAUAUUUCUCUAUAUCUUAUGUACGAUGUCAAUUCGACAGAACAUACAGAAACUGCUCGGGUUUGCACCGUCACGAGCGGCUAGCAAGCAAGCAGGUGGCUUAUUUGGGCCAACACCAGGCCAGUUCAAGUAAUUAGCGAACUAUCAGUGAACGAGUCAAAGUUAUCAAAACGAGAAUAAAUAAAUGUGCAGUUGAAUAGUUUUACGUUUUGGAAUCUGGAGUGAGAUUCCUUAUUUAUUAGACUAGAGAUUAAACUUACACACUCCUGCAUCCAUCGUUUCAGGUCAUCAUUCAGUAACAAUCAUUUAGUUUACGGUUAUUUUACUAAAGGUUACAAAUGGUAUAGUAAUUCCAAUGAUGCGUAAAAGCCAAGAAUGAGAAAAUGUAUGGAAUAUUUAAAUACAUAUGUAAGUAGAAUACCAGUCA